AUGGAGUCAUUCGUCAAGAGAAAGCGGAAGGCAACCCCUGUGGAUGACCAGAAGACAAUCUCAGAUGCCGACAUAGAAGUCGCAGAUGACGAGCCCACAGAGGUGAAGCUUGCCAUUCUCUCAUCUCUUCACCCUGGUUUCUCUCAAGAGGCUCUCCUCGACGUCUUGCUUGAGCAUGAUGGCUCCGUCGCCUCGGCUUCUUCGUCCCUUUCUGCACCGAGCACCUCCGAAUCCUCUAUAUCCCCGUCGAAGAAGGCUGCAAAUUCAGUCGUCUCGCAGACAUCUUUGAGACACUUCGCCGCGCCUCGCCCCUCAGAUGGAGUCCCCGCGGCCAAGAAGACGAAGCUCUUGUCCCGGAAAGGCGCCACACUUCAUCUCUUUGACCCUGGUGAUAUAGCAGACCACACGCCUUGCUCUAUCAUUCACAAUUUCUUGCCUUCUGAUCUCGCAAACGGUCUUCUGACGGAGAUGCUCGACGAGUCAAAAUCGUUCGAGAAGAUCACCUUCAAGCUUUUUGCCAACGUGGUCUCAAGCCCGCACACCUCUUCCUUCUACGUGGAUAGCCAUGACGAGAUGCAGAAGCAGAAGAUCGAGUAUCUCUACAACGGCGCACGCCUCACCGACGUCCGCAAAAUCACGCCGUAUCUAGACAAAGUCAAGCCUCUAGUCCAGCAAGCCGUGAACAGCGAGAUCCAGGAACGGAUCAGGACCCGCUGCCCAGACGGCCGCAAACUCAAGUACCAGUCCCCGCACCCGUGGACCCCGAACGCAGCAUUUGUCAACUGCUACAACGGGCCCGGCGAAUCAGUAGGCUGGCACUCGGACCAGCUGACCUACCUCGGGCCCCGCGCCGUCAUCGGGUCGCUCUCGCUCGGCGUGGCGCGUGAGUUCCGUGUGCGGCGGGUGGUGCCCAAGAAUGAGGACAGCGACGCGAGGGCGGACGGCGACGCCGAGGGCCAGAUCGCGAUCCACCUGCCGCACAACUCGCUGCUCGUCAUGCACGCCGAGAUGCAGGAGGAGUGGAAGCACAGCAUCGCGCCCGCGCAGGCCAUCGAUCCGCACCCGCUGGCCGGCAACAAGCGCAUCAACGUCACCUAUCGCGACUACAAGGCCAGCCUGCAUCCCAGCCGCACGCCCAAGUGCAAGUGCGGCGUCCCAACAGUUCUGCGGGUCGUGCAGAAGAAGAAGGAAAACUGGGGCAGGUACUUCUGGAUGUGCCAUGCUGGAAACGUGCCCGGCAAGGAGGGCUGUACGUUCUUCCAAUGGGCUGAGUUCGACGACGAUGGGAAUCCCGUUUGGCAUGUCAAAGGGGCUGCUGUCUCUCAGGGCCGAGAUGAUCAAGCGGACGGUUGA